AUGAACGGUGUGCAUGCGGCGGUGCAGAAGAACGCGGGAACCGCCGUCAUCACGGCGACCUUGUUGCUGCUGCUGCCGUGGAUAGCAUUCUCCUUGACGCUGUGUUUGUUCGUCUUCGCUUUCAAGGAAUUCGGACCGCUGAUAUGGGGCCUCAUAGCCUGUUCUCAGCUGCUAGCGCUGCUCGUGCUCGGCCUCGGAUCUGCAAGACGGCAGCAGGCCCAAGUGCUGCUGGGCUGCUUGGUCAUCGCGUCCAUUCUGGCAGCAAUUCCGGCUGGAGAAUACAUCGAGUCCACCUUCAUGGAUGAGUACUGGCGCCUAGGGUACGGUGCCGUUUACGAAGGCGUAAGUCCCCUUUCGCCGGGUGCUUCCUAUCUGGAUGCUUCUUUCAUGGCUUUUGACAAGACGGCCUACAUCGAUGUCUCCAGGGCCCUCGGCUUCAUGAAGGGGGGGCAUCUGUACUGCGUCGCGCCGGUCCUGAGCAGAGCCAGUCGGGCUUCCAACGUAUCCUUUUGGGUGACAGGGAUCGACUGCUGUGCCCGGAGAGGAAGUUUCGCGUGCCUGGGAUCUCAGGAUGCAGCAGGGGGCUCCGGUGUUGUCCUCUCUGAUGGCGACGGCAUCUUCACCAGAGCAGCACGUAUGGCGCAGUCCGUGAAUGGCUAUGGCAUCCUCCCGGAUUCGCAGAUACUUCUUCUCGUUUGGAUGCAGGAGCCGGGGCUCUACGCGGAGAGCUUGCAUGCCAGUGCGUUGACCUUCGUCGGGCUCACCAUCCUUGCUUUCCUUAUGCUGGGUCUCUGCGUUGGGCAGUGUGCUGUGCAAAGCCUCCCGCACCGGAAGUUCUGA